UCCUGGCGCCACCACCACCAGAAAUAUUUUCAAAUUUUCUCCCACCACCCAAACUUCAUCUCACCCAUUCCUCCUUACCCAUACACACCCACUCACUAAUUACACCAAACAGAUUCACUCUCUGCUAGCUUAGCUUCUGUAGUGUACCCAUAUUGUUAAUGGCGAUGGCUAUGGCCAUGGCGCUUCGGAGGCUCUCAUCUUCCAUUGAAAAACCCAUCAAGACUCUCUACAAUGGCGGCGGUUCUCUCUAUUACAUGUCUUCUUUAUCCAGCGAAGCAGUUUAUGAGAAGGAAAAGUGUCAAGUCUCUUGGCCAAAGCAGCUGAAUGCUUCAUUAGAGGAGGUUGAUCCUGAGAUUGCUGACAUUAUUGAGCUCGAGAAAGCUAGACAAUGGAAGGGGCUUGAACUCAUCCCCUCAGAAAAUUUCACUUCUUUAUCUGUGAUGCAAGCAGUUGGCUCUGUUAUGACAAAUAAAUACAGUGAAGGAUAUCCUGGUGCCAGAUACUAUGGAGGAAAUGAGUACAUUGAUAUGGCAGAAUCCUUGUGCCAAAAACGCGCUUUGGAAGCGUUCCGCCUUGACCCUGCAAAAUGGGGAGUGAAUGUGCAGCCUUUAUCGGGAUCACCAUCCAAUUUUCAGGUUUACACUGCAUUAUUAAAACCUCAUGACAGAAUCAUGGCACUUGAUCUUCCUCAUGGUGGGCAUCUCUCCCAUGGAUAUCAGACUGACACAAAGAAGAUAUCAGCAGUUUCCAUCUUUUUUGAGACAAUGCCCUAUAGAUUGAAUGAGAGCACUGGCUAUAUCGACUAUGACCAGCUUGAGAAAAGUGCGACGCUUUUUAGGCCAAAGCUAAUUGUUGCUGGAGCUAGUGCUUAUGCGCGUCUCUAUGAUUAUGACCGCAUCAGAAAGGUUUGUGACAAACAGAAAGCUAUCUUGUUGGCAGAUAUGGCACACAUAAGUGGACUAGUGGCAGCCGGGGUCAUACCCUCGCCAUUUGAUUAUGCAGAUGUUGUGACUACCACAACCCACAAGUCUCUUCGUGGGCCUCGUGGUGCCAUGAUUUUCUAUAGGAAAGGUGUGAAAGAGGUUAACAAGCAAGGCAAGGAGGUGUUGUAUGACUAUGAAGACAAAAUCAAUCAGGCAGUCUUUCCUGGACUUCAAGGAGGCCCUCACAAUCACACCAUUACCGGUUUGGCUGUUGCUCUGAAGCAGGCAACGACUCCCGAAUACAGAGCUUACCAAGAGCAAGUCCUCAGUAACUGCUCAAAAUUUGCACAGACUUUGGUUGAGAAGGGCUAUGAACUGGUUUCUGGUGGAACUGAGAACCAUUUGGUGUUGGUGAAUCUGAAAAACAAGGGAAUUGAUGGUUCCAGAGUUGAAAAGGUGCUGGAAUCUGUCCACAUUGCAGCCAACAAGAACACAGUUCCCGGGGACGUUUCUGCAAUGGUUCCUGGUGGCAUUAGAAUGGGAACUCCUGCUCUUACCUCCAGGGGAUUCGUCGAGGAAGACUUUGUGAAAGUUGCAGAAUACUUCGACGCAGCAGUGAAGUUAUCUGUCAAAAUAAAGGCUGCAACUCAAGGCACGAAAUUGAAAGAAUUUGUGGCCACCCUGCAGUCCAGUGAUGCAAUCCAGGCUGAGAUUGCAAAGCUGCGCCAUGAUGUGGAGGAGUAUGCAAAGCAGUUCCCCACGAUCGGGUUCGAGAAACACACCAUGAAGUACAAGAACUGAGAACAUCAUGCGCCGUCCCAGGUUGCAGGCAGUGAGUGCAUCAAUGUCAUAAAGGUUAACAGGGAAGAAAUCCAGUUACUGGUUUAUUAUUAUGUAAAAUCAAUGCUGAAGAUUUUAGCUUCCUUGCUUGCUAAUGUAUACACCCAUCAUGUACACAACCUCAGAUCCAUGAAUAAUGCCACAAUUCUAUAUUUUGCUUCU